AGCUAUUUUUGGGGGAAUUCUUAUGACGAAAUAGUAGUAGUAGUUGCUUUGUUGUUUUUACCGAAGAAAGGCAUCGUGGGAUGAUAUGAGAAAUGGCACAGUCGCAGACACAAUGGGGGGCGGCAGCGCCUUGGAAGCAGCUCCUUCUCAAAGCAAUCGAGUCCAACGCCAACCUCAAGCACUCCUUCCCUCAACUCGCAACUGUCCGAUCUAAUGGUAGACCUGCCAAUCGCACUGUUGUUUUCAGAGGAUUCCUAGAAGGAACUGACAAGAUUCAAAUAAACACGGACGGCCGUAGCCGCAAGAUCGAUGAUCUUAAGCACUGUCCUUUUGCUGAGAUAUGUUGGUAUUUCACGGACUCAUGGGAGCAGUUCAGGAUCAAUGGAGCGAUUGAUGUCAUUGAUGGGUCAAAUACUGAUCCUGUUAAGCUUCAGCAAAGGGAAAAGGCUUGGUUUGCUAGUUCUCUGAAGUCGAGGCAGCAGUACUUGGGGCCUAGCCCAGGUCUUCCAUGUCUCAGUGAAGAAUCACCCAAAGUGUCUCCUUUAGAUCCAUCUGCUGGCCCUCUCGGUGCAUAUUGCCUUUUGGUUUUGGACCCAGAGGAGGUUGAUUAUGUGAACCUCAAGAGUAAUGAUAGGCUGUUAUUCAAGUCUGAACAACGUGAUGAAAGGAAAUCUUGGAUUUCUGAGAAAAUUAACCCAUAAACUUUGCUUUAUGAUCCACUAUCACAAGAUUUACCAUGCCUUCUAUCUACAUAUCAAUUACUCAAUUUUGGAUUAUUUGGAUAAGGUCCUAAAAGGGCAUUCAAAUUUGUUUAGUUGUCUUUGUACCUAGAGUUUCCCAGUUGGAAACACUGGAAUUUUUAAUCAGGAAAUCUUUUUUGGCCAUUGGCGAACUCUA